GUAACUCCGGAUUUGUUUUUGGCUGUCCAACUUUUUCCGGAAACGCCGGUUAAGUAAUUCAAAUCACAACCACAUGUACACAAACUUGCUUACUGGGAACUAUAUUUGUCUCUGCUUUGUGGUAGGAAUGCGUUUUGAGUUAACAGAGGUAAUCGCUACCGAGAUGCAGUCAAAUAAAUUAGUGUUCCACACAAAAGCGCCUUUGUUUUGACAUGGUAUUAGCCGUGUUUGCAAUGUAGCUUUCUUGCUAGGUGCUAGUGUUGUACUGCCUUGCCUUAGCGUGUUUAUGAUAUGUUCGAAACAUUUACAGAACAUCCUUUAAAGUAUUUUAAAAAAAAUAACAAGUUUUAAGACAACUUGAUCCAAUUUAAUUUCGGUUGGGGUAAGAAUUGAGAAGUGGUAGUUUAAUGUCCCGCGCUGCUUAGCUGCAAUACACGACUUCACCAUUGAGCGGCACUGCGUAGCCUGUAGAUUGUACUAUGAACUCUGUCAAUAAAAAUGAAGUAUCGGAUGGUAAAGGAAAUGACAAAGACCACCUUUUCUUCAUUGAGGACUCCAUCACUUCAGAGAGUGGAGAAGAGACGUUUUCUGGUUACAUGAAACAUGAGAAAAGCGCCAAGCUGUUUUCACAGCUCAGCAGAGACAGCUCUCCUCCGCUGCUCCUUGCUUUCUCCAUCACCUCUGGAAAGAUUAGGCAGGACACCAGCAGUAUCUCCAGUGCUGGUUCACAGGAGCAGCUGGAAGAGGACAGCGAUCAGCCUAUUGAGGAGUGGAUGAUCCUGGAUGGAGAGGAGCAGGCGGAGGACCCAAGCAUCCAGCUCAAUCUCGGCUGCUGGGAGAGCUCUGAGGAGGAUGUUGAAGAUGAAGGUAUGACAGACAAAAAAGUGAAAUUAGGAGGAGAUACCUGGGCUGUCUCAGACAAAGACAAGUAUGGAGGCACUCAAUCUCUGGGCAGUCGCUAUUUCAUGGCUGGUCGUUCAUCCCCCUGUAACAUCUGCAACAGGAUGGGACACGUUGCCAGACGUUGCUACUUUCACAAGAAAAGUCCCACUUGUGUUCUUUGUGGCGUCCAGGGCCACGUCCAAAGAGACUGUCCGAGCCGGCCCUGUUCCACUUGUGGGCUCCCCUCGCAUGCCCUCAACCCCUGCAGAGUGCCUCCAGUGUGGAAGCAGCACUGCCAGCGCUGCGGCGUGACUGGCCACAUGUUUGAUGCCUGCCCAGAUUUAUGGCGACAAUACCACCUGACUGUCAAGUUAGGGGUUCCUUUCAGACCCAGAAAUGCCUUCAAUCUCAAACAUAAGAGCCACCAUGCUCAUUGCUACAACUGCUCAAAAAGGGGACACUUUGGUCAUGAGUGCACAAAGAGGAGGAUGAUUAGUGGCACUUUUCCCUCACUGCCUUAUGUUUGUUAUUAUGACACUCUGGAUGACAUUCUCCACCAGAAUGCCCCGACGCUCACACCAGCCAAAGACCUUAGGAGUGCUGGACCCCUAACUUCACAGCAGGAAUGUUGCAAAGAUACGCCAUUGGUGCAGGGAAGCAGCAGGACAAAGCUGGAGCCUGGCGCUCAUCCUGGAAGGAGGAAGACCUGGCCUGAAAGGCGCAGAGAGAGGCGUGAAGUGAAGCGACUGAGGAGGGAGGCCCAGGCUAAGCGGGAAGGAGGAUUUCUGGGGAGGCAUUUUUGCACCAUUGAUGAUGCAGUUUGCCCCGCUGACCCCUAUAGACCCGUUCUACGCAGUCAUAGAGAGUCCAAAACCUCUCAGGAGAACAAAAAGAGAGAGGAGAAAGCUGGGAAGAAGAGCAGGAAAAGCAGAGAGGCAGAGAAGUGGAGAAAAAGAGGGGGGAUAAAACGCAGGGAUUUGCAUCCACAUGGUGACAUUGACAUUGGAAGUGAAAACCUUCUGUCUCCAAAGCAGAGAGUGCGCCACCGAAGGAGAUGAAAGGUGAUAUAAAAUUUUGCCCUUUUAGUGGCAUUAAAUGUUCUUUCCAAUUUAUUUAUAAUUUGUAUUUAAUAAUGCGGAAAAAAAACAUUGAUGAAAGAUUAAUUGAAUCAAGUGUGAAAGUAGCUUAAGCCUUUUUUCCAGUUUUGUGAAAGUUUAUAUUUAUGUUUUAAAAUUUUUUAAGAACUAUUAAUGUUAUAAAUAUUAAAGCCUUACAAAUGGAUUCAAUUCAUGUCAAUUCAUAUUUAUUAUACAUUUAAUUUUUUUUUAAUUUGCUAUGGUUAUUUUCUUCCUUUUCAUUUCUACUAUGCAGCAAGAGUGAACAUUUGAACUGAAAUACAGUUUAAGUUUGUUUAAACUGAGGUUGCAUGAUUUCAUGUUGUCAUCUGCACAUGUAGAGUUAAAAUCUGGUUUUAAAACAUUGACAAUUUUAAAAUAUCUACCAUUUACUAUAGAAACCAGCCUUUAAUCGGGCUGCAUUGAGGAUUUAAGGUGGAUUUUUGCUACUUUAAUUGCUAUUAGAAUAUGAUUACGAGAUUUAGUUAGCGUUUUUACUCCUGGCACAUGGACAU